AUGGAAAAUAUUCGAGCUGGACUACGAGGAGAAGUCAUUGGCCAAGCAGUUGACAGUGAUGAUGAUGACGAUGAGGAUGAAUGUGAUGAUGACAUGGGACCUGGAGAGCGACGCAAUUUCAAACAAGCAUUACGUGCCUCCAAACAGUCAACAUGGGAAAGAGAACACCUCCACAAACUUCCUAAUAGAGCACAAGUUUCCGGGACAAGUGGUGGUGCACAGAUGAGACGGGGAGCAAGUGUUAGAGAAUCACAACCAACACCACCAAUGGCCCCAAGUUUAUAUAAAUCAUCCAAAGCACACCAAAAGAGUGUUUGGAGUUAUUUCACUAGAGGUAAUGUGAAGGAGGGAAUGGGGAGUCUAAUUAGCAAGUUCUUUAUCUAUGAUAAUGUCCCUGCUGAGAAGGCAUCGUCACAUCAUUUCAAAAAUAUGGUAUUGGGAUGUCAACAGGCUAGUGUUGGAGUGCAACCUCCUACUUCCUAUGAGUAUGUUGAUGCUUCAGACCAUAUAAAGAACUACAAGUAUAUUUACAAACUAUUGAGGGAUGUGAUCAUGGAGGUGGGAGACCAUAAUGUUGUCCAAGUCGUGACCAACAACGGUUCUGCAUUUGUCAAAGUCGGAAAAAAGUUAAUGAAGCAUCAUAAUGUAUUUUGGACAUCAUGUGCAACACAUUGUAUUGAUCUCAUGUUUGAGGCAAUGGGGAAGAGAGAGAAUAUUGCUAAUGUCAUAAAAAGAGCUAGAACAAUCACAAAUUACAUUUACAAUCACGCUACCACACAAUUCGCCACCAACUAUAUUGCAUUAGACAGCCUACUUAAGAAGAAAUCAGGGUUGAAGCAACUAUUCAUUAGCGAACAUUGGGCCAACCACAAUUUCAGCCGCUCAAAUGCAAGUCGUAUGGUGGAAAGUAUAGUGCUUGAUCAUUCUUUUUGGACUCAAUCAGAACAUGUGUGCCAAGUGUUUGAACCUCUUUACAAAGUUUUACGGAUCGUUGACACAGAGGUGUAUCCUACUAUGGGGGCAAUAUAUGAGUUAAUGCGUGUAGUGAAGGAGGAAUCGGAAAGAAAACAUGGUGCAAGACACGGUGUUGGAGACGAUGGUACGUUAUACGUGCUGCUGUUGGCUGUUGCGAAUCUCACGGCCUGGUGCUCCGGGCCGAGGGGAUGUGCGUCAACAUGUGACGUCCUUCUUUUGGAUGCAGUUCAGUUGUGUGCGGGCGUGCCAGCACGGUCUACUGUGCGUCGAGAUGAUGAUGAGGUUCGGGUAGAAGAUGGUUAA